UUUUUGAAUUUAUGUGUGAAUUUAGAAGCAUUCGAGGCUGAAUGAAUACCAUUUGAUUAACAUUGAAUAAUUGUAAUAUCUGUGCUAUGGCAAUUUUAAAAAUUAAAUUAGUGAGGUUAGGAUACAUACAUGGCAGGGCUUGAAAAUUUUGAAUUUUAAAAAGCGGAAGGAGGAAGCGGAUGAAUGCGGAAUGAAAUAAAAAAGCAGAAGAUGGAAGGUUCAAAAAAGGCAGGUUAUGCGAAUGCAGACCCAGCCCUAAUAGACAGAGGGAUAGAUUGUGAUAUUUUGAUAUCCUUUUCAGACAACGAAUUAGCUAAAAGUGCUAAAAAUUAGUUCAUUGUUCUAAUAUCCUUUCGAAUCUUUACUGUUCAAUAAUAUUUAGAUAUAUUCAUUAUAAUUAAAAAUGUGCCAAAAUUUAAUACUACUGUUUGCUACAGUAUUAAUGAUUCUAAAUGAAAUUAAUGCCUUAACACUUGAUGAACAAAAUGCCAUUCUUGCUUGUCAUAACAACUUUAGAGCUUCCCUAGCUAAUGGAAAAGAGCAAAAUAAGACUGGAUUAUUGCCACCCGGCAUGAAUAUUAAAAAGCUGACUUAUUCAAAAACUGUGGAAACUAGUGCUACUAAUUGGGCAAACAAAUGUACAGAAAGCCAUACUCCUAGCAAUCAACGUAAAUACGGAGAGAAUCUUGCAAUGGAUGGUGACGCAAAGAUAACUACUAAAGACGCACUUUUAAAGGCUUGUAAAAAUUGGUGGGGGGAAUUCAAAAAAGUUGGAAUACAAUCCAGUCUAGUUGUUAACGGAAAUAAUUUCAUUAAUAUUGGACAUGCUACACAAAUGGCCUGGGCGGAAACUACCGAAAUUGGUUGUGGGGUAGCAAAAUGCCCAAAUGCACCGUAUAAAACUUAUACUGUUUGUCAAUAUAAUAAACCUGGAAAUUAUCUUGGACAAGCUGUUUACAAAAAAGGAAAAGCAUGUAGUGGUUGUGGAAGCAAAGGGUGUUCUAAUGGAUUGUGUAAUAAUUGA